GUUUUGAAAACCCGGAAGCGGAAGUUGUUGGCCGGAUCCGCUCCCGGUGAAGUCCACGUCAGUCCUCAGAGCACACCUGAGGGGUCCGGACCGAACCGAACUAAAGUCAUACCCAUUAACUCUCCUGCGCAUCAUGGCGGACGAGGCCACGCGCAAGGCCGUUUCGCAGAUCCCGCUGCUGAAGACGCACGCGGGGCCGCGAGACCGCGCGCUGUGGCCGCAGCGGCUGAAGGAGGAGUACCAGGCGCUGAUCCGCUUCGUGGAGCAGAACAAGGCGGCCGACAACGACUGGUUCCGCCUCGAAUCCAACGCUGACGGCACGCGCUGGACUGGCACGUGCUGGUACAUCCACGAACUGCUGCGCUACGAGUUCCGGCUAGAGUUUGAUAUCCCUGUGACGUACCCGGACACCGCGCCUGAGGUGGCAGUUCCGGAGCUGGACGGGAAGACCGCCAAAAUGUACCGCGGCGGGAAAAUCUGCCUCACCGAACACUUUGCGCCGCUCUGGGCCCGGAACGCGCCGCGGUUCGGGCUCGCGCACCUCAUGGCGCUCGGACUCGGACCGUGGCUCGCCGUGGAGAUUCCGGACCUUAUCAGCAAGGGCAUCGUAGUCCACAAGGAGGGGCAGGCCGAACCGGCGGCGGAGUGACAUCAGACGGAAAGCCGGACCGGACCGGAAGCAGGGCUGAAAGACUGAAACUAGGAGAGUAAAAACUGUGUUAAAAUGAAUGGAAUCUGGUUUGGAAAUGACGUUGACUCUGUUAGUCAUCACUGAUCUGUAACUGACGCUGUUCAAGUAAAAAUGGGCACAGAGAGAAUUGAGUCUGAUUGGGAGAUCGCACUGGCAUCUGGCUAUUAUUUUUCAGUAGUAAGACUAAAUGAGUAAAGCUCAUGAGAAUAUGAAUGGAGUCUGGUGGCGAGAUGACCCACAGAUUGGUAAUAAUAAAAGGUAGAAAUGUGUUGAUAUAAUAAAUUGAGAUUUACCGUAAAAUAACUUCAGCCCACUGAAAGAUAGUGGGGAAAAAUCAAUGGAACCUGGUGGAGAGGUGGCCCCUCGUAACAAAUUUAUGAUGUUGAUAUUUUUAUUGCGCCACAAGAAAUUAUAAAAAUGGUGCUAAAAUGAAUGGCUUCUGGCUUUUUUUGCUCAGUAAAGAAGUAAAAAGUGA